CGGAGGGAUUCAUUCCUUAGCUUCUCUCCUGGGACUCUCAAAAUUUCUGUCUGUAGCCCUGCUGUAAAUUGAUUUUUUCUGGGAUGUAUGGAAGCACUUGAUGAUGACUAGCCGUCUCAGGUUUCCUGUUUCACAGGCUUUGAACAUUUUUGUUCAUCAGCCUGAUUCAAACUCCUUGCGAUACACGCGCUUCUUGGCAUGGAGGGAAACAAGACGGAAACCUCUGGUGCUGAAAGGAGCGAAGAAAUAAUUUAUACCUCUGUCAAGUUUUCCCAGCCCCCACCAAUCCAUGCCAAUGAUGGACUGAAACAUAAAGGCCCAUGCUCCCAGUCCUCUCUCGUUUGCCGCUUGACUGUAGGAGUCCUGAGUGUCCUCUUGCUGGUGCAAGGGGUAAUGCUGGUGGUCCUGCAUAUGAGUGACUCCUGUCUGCGGUGCCCCGAGCUGUGGGUGGGCUACGGGGACAGCUGCUAUUUCUUCUCCAAGGAGAGAAAGGACUGGAAUUCCAGCCAGGAGUCCUGUGCUGCAGAGAGUGCUCAUCUCCUGGUGAUCAGCAACACCCAGGAAAUGAACCUGUUCAAGAGGAUCCCCAGAGAACAGUCCUGGAUUGGACUGAGGAACACCACCCACUCUGGCUGGGUCUGGGCAGACAGCUCAGGACUAAGUGAGAUAAAGGUCAUAUCCAACAGCCCUGUGCAGCACUGUGGAGUCCUGAUGAAUGGUGUCUUUCAAGCCUCCAGCUGUUCAGUUUCUAUGCAAUGGAUCUGUGAGAAGUCCCUCAAGUGACCUCCUACUGCACUUUGCCACACAGCCACUAUUGCUUACAUUCAGCCAGUGGUGGGGAUACUAGCCACUCACUGAGGGCAUAAUCAGGGCUUGUUCCAGCAGGCAGGGUUGGCUGGACUGCAAAGGGGAUUAGAAGGUAUCUUUGCUACAUAUGAGAUCACAUUCUCAUUCCUGGCCUUUCAGUUUUCUGAGGUUUUCUGCAGGGGCAAGGCCUAUUGUCCUUGAGGAUGAGGGGUCACUAGUGCCAUGCAGUGAGCCUGGAUCCAUUUCUCCUCCUCAUCUGUUGGUGUGGAGUUUUUUUGGGUUACCAUGGAGGUCUCCCACAUUUGAGUCUUCAUCUCAGCCAUUCCACUCUGCUCACUGUACUGGUGCUAUUAGUGACAGAGGCUUAUUCCUGUGCCCCUAAUUCUGAGAUUUCUACAUUGCCAAGCAGAACACAUUUCCACUCCUUUUUCUGAUUUCUGUGGGACCUGGACAACUGCAGAAGCUGGGCCACCAACCUCCAGUGAUUUGUCCUAUACCUGCUGGAUUUAAACUGGCUUCCAUUCCAGUGCCAGGCUCUGAUCUGUGUGCCAGAGUAAAUUGUGCUGUGAUGGGGCAGAGCAAUGUGGAAUGAGAAGACAGUUUUGGCAUAAUCUCAGGAAUUAAAUUCCCUCCAUUUCAAUAAA